AUGGGUUGUUAUCAAUAUGGAAUUAUACAAAAACGUGUCAGAGGUAAACCUGUUACUGCACAUCUUUUUGAAUAUACUACACAAUUAAUGGUCGAUGAUGAUUUUAAUGUCCGAGAGAAUGACUCACCAGUGCAAGUUAUCUUUUGUUUAAAACAAAAAAAUGCAAAAAAAUUAAAUUCUCAUCAUUGGUCUUUUAAAGCCUUUGCGGCUCUUUUGAACCCAAAAAUUUGUAUUUUACUUGAUGUGGAUACAAAAUCCUCGCAAAUCUCAUUUUACCACUUGUGGAAAGCUUUUGAUCAUAAUCAACAUGUUGGUGGUGCUUGUAGAGAAAUUAAAGUAGAUCUAGGUUAUAAAUGUAGAAACCUUCUUAAUCCUUUAAUCGCAUCUCAAAAUUUUGAAUAUAAAAUAUCUAAUAUCUUAGACAAGCCAUCAAAAUCUGUUUUUGGUUAUAUCUCAGUAUUACCAGGUGCUUUCUCCACAUACCGAUAUAAAGCAUUAUUGGGUGAACCUUUGGAAAAAUACCUUAAAGAUGAGACUAUGUAUAAUAAUUCAUAUGCUACUAAGACUGGUAUAUUCGAAGCAAACAUGUACCUGGCAGAAGAUCGUAUUUUAAGUUUUGAGCUUGUCAUUAAGAAAGAUAAAUCAUGGAAAUUAAAAUACAUAAAG